UCCUCACGUUGAUGCAGCUGUGUCUUGCCUCCAGUGGUGAUGACGCCCUUCUUCAUGUGACCCCUUGCUUCGAUUUGUAAAGAUCGCCAUGGAUGUUCUCAUGGGUCUGGGUGGAGGGGGCGUGGUGCUCGUUGCCUUGGUUGUGGCGGUCGCCAUGUGUCUGGGUCAAGGUCGGAACGUGCCACCCAAAAAGCGCAUGGCGCGCGCCAUUCGUCGUGCCUUCCCAAACGGCAUGCCUAUUUUCUUUCAUGGCCCCAUCAACCGCGACGUGACCAUCAGUCGCAUUGCCGCAUAUGGCGGCGAUCCCCCGGAGGGUGCAUUUCUGUUGCGUGUCAAGGAGCCACAGGAACACCAGCAUGAGGUGGUCUUUUGCAUUUCCUCCGUUGUUGAAAGCAGCGCCUCUGGCAAGCCACUGGCCCAGCGCGUCCUCCAUUUUCUUGCCUUUUUCAACGCCAAGGGCAAGUUUCGAGUGGUUGGCCGUGCCAAGGGCCAAGCCAAGGAUGAAGUGUUUUUGUUCAAUAGCAUGGAGGAGGUACUCAGUCGGUGUGGCUCCAACGACGACGACUCUUUUUUUGACACACCGCUCACGCAUCCCGUAGCCUGUGACUAUCGAGAGCUUUCUGCCUUCCGCGAUGAGCUCAACGAGCUUUUGGCCCCCCUCACCGUGGUCAUUACAUCCAACUCCCAGCCGUCUCCACAGCAAGCUCCCGAGAAUGCCACGACGAGCUUGGCGCCCGCACCCGUAUGGCACGCUAUCGACGUUCAGACCCACGAGACAGAUGACAGUGCUAGCUUACAGGCACCGGCAUCCGGCCCGUUAAGGACAAACAGGGAUGUAUACGUGACGCCGUUAUUUCAAAUCCCCGAGCCAAGGUCGUCGUCCCCGCCAUUGGGCAACUCACACGCGCUGCAGGCGACAGACGCGAGCCAGGCCAUAGACAUGCCAGACGCCACGGACCACCGCACUGUGUUUGGCACUAACCGGCCCGCCAAGGCCAAAACGAAACCCCAUCAGUAUAUCAAUACAUCUAUCCAUGCCACGAGUCAGGUCCAUGGCAUGCCGGAAGUAACGGACCAUCGCGCUGUCUUUGGCGCUAGCCGGCCCGCCAAGGCCAAACCGAGCACCCAAGAGUAUGUCGAUGUGCCUAUCCACCUCAUGGGCAAAGAGGCGAACCGGCAUGAGGCCACGGCUGCACCUACUCAAGUUGGGGCUGCUUCAAGCAGACCAAUGCUGUCUGGGAGUAUCAGCAGGCGGCCAGCUGAUCUAGAACAACCCGCGGUUUCUCGCAGCAGCGCCUACGCGCAAGUCGACGACCCGAUUUGGGCUACUCCCCCCAAAAAAGUUAACGAGGCUUUUAGCAGCUAUCUCACCCAAUCCCGUUUAUCCAUGUCGCGCGAUGAUUCUGCCCAGACGGCUCGUCAGCUUGCAAUAAGCUACGCAUCGCUGGAUGAGCAUGCAACCUAUCAGAAUAGUCGUGCGUGA